AUGCCUUCCUCCUCCCCCUGCUACCGCCGCAGCGUCCUCUUCCUGGCCCUCCUCCUCUCGGCGUGCCUCUCGGCGCCGCGGGCGGCGAACGGCGCCGGGGGAGCCCCCGGCGGCGGUGGAGAUGCCGCGGCAAUGCAGGCGCUGCGGCGGGCCCUGGCGCCGCCGGGCUGGGGCUCGGGCGCGGACCACUGCGCGUGGCGCGGCGUCACCUGCUCCCCCGCCGCCGCCGGCGCGGUCACCGCGAUCGAGCUGCCGCGCCGGGGGCUCCGGGGGGACUUCUCGGCCGCCGCCGCGCUCCGCGCGCUGGCGCGCCUCGACCUCUCCGCCAACUCGCUCAGCGGCGCCCUCCCGCCGGCGCUGGGCGCGCUCGCCCGCCUCGAGUUCCUCGACCUCUCCAUGAACGCGCUGACGGGCGCCGUGCCGGCUGCGCUCGCCGGCGCGUCGGGGCUCCGGUUCCUGAACCUCUCCAACAACGCGCUGUCCGGCGGCAUCCCCGACGAGCUGAGGGCGCUCAGGGCGCUCCAGGAGCUGCAGAUUUCGGGGAACAACCUCACGGGCGCGCUCCCCGGCUGGCUGGCGGGGCUCCAGGCGCUCCGCGUGCUGUCCGCCUACGAGAACGCGCUGUCCGGCCCGAUCCCGCCGGGGCUCGGGCUCUCGUCGGAGCUCCAGGUGCUCAACCUCCACUCCAACGCGCUCGAGGGGAGCAUCCCCGGCAGCCUCUUCGAGCGCGGCAACCUGCAGGUCCUCAUCCUCACCCUCAACCGCCUCAACGGCACCAUCCCCGAUGCCAUCGGCCGCUGCCGCGGCCUCUCCAACGUGCGCAUCGGCGACAACCUCCUCUCCGGCGCCAUCCCGGCGUCGGUCGGGGACGCCACCAGCCUCACCUACUUCGAGGCCAACACCAACGACCUGUCCGGCGGGAUCCCCACGCAGUUCGCGCGGUGCGCCAACCUGACGCUGCUCAAUCUGGCAAACAACCGCCUCGCCGGCGAGGUGCCGGAUGUUCUCGGCGAGCUCAGGAGCCUGCAGGAGCUCAUCGUGUCUGGCAACGGCCUCGGCGGCGAGUUCCCGAGAUCGAUCCUGCGGUGCCGGAACCUCAGCAAGCUCGACUUGAGCUACAAUGCUUUCCGUGGUGACUUGCCGGAGAACAUCUGCAACGGGUCACGGAUGCAGUUCCUUCUGCUCGAUCACAAUGAGUUCUCCGGAGGCAUUCCGGCAGGGAUUGGGGGCUGUACCCGGCUGCUCGAGCUGCAGCUCGGUAACAACAACCUCAGUGGUGAAAUUCCAGCUGAGAUAGGCAAGGUGAAGAGCCUGCAGAUUGCGCUGAACCUUAGCUUCAAUCACUUUACUGGGCCGCUGCCCCAUGAGCUUGGGCGGCUUGAUAAGCUUGUCAUGCUGGACUUGUCGAGCAAUGAGAUAUCCAGUCAGAUCCCAGGUGAUAUGAGAGGGAUGCUGAGCUUGAUUGAGGUCAAUCUGUCAAAUAACCGGCUCAGCGGUGCCAUACCGGUUUUCGGACCGUUCCAGAAGAGCGCGGCCUCCAGCUUCUCCGGCAACGCCAAGCUGUGUGGCGACCCACUGAAUGUGGACUGUGGAUCAAUUUAUGGCUCCAAUUAUGGAAUGGACCACAGGGGGAUAUCUUACAGGGUGGCUUUGGCAGUUGUUGGUUCUUGUGUGCUCAUCUUCUCACUGGUGUCAUUGGUGGUGGCAUUGUUCAUGUGGCGUGAGAGGCAGGAGAAGGAGGAAGAGGCAAAGAAGGCCGAGGCAGGGGAGGUGGUGGUGGCAGCCCCGCAGGUCGGGGCCUCAGCCGUGUUCAUCGAGAGCUUGCAGCAGGCCAUUGAUUUCCAGAGCUGCAUGAAGGCGACAUUCAAAGAUGCGAAUGAAGUGAGCAACGGAACAUUCAGCACUAUCUACAAAGCCGUCAUGCCGUCUGGCAUGGUGGUGUGUGUCAAGAAGCUGAAGUCUGUGGACCAUGCGGUCAUCCAUCAGCAGGAGAAGAUGGUCCGAGAGCUCGAGCGCUUUGCCCACAUCAACCACAAGAACCUGGUCCGGCCGAUUGGCUUUGUCAUCUAUGACGACGUCGCGCUACUGCUGCACCACCAUAUGCCAAACGGCACCCUGCUUCAGUUGCUGCACAAUGGUGGUGAUACUGAUGGCGAGAAGCAGAAACCUGACUGGCCAAGGCUGCUAUCGAUUGCCAUUGAUGUCGCCGAAGGGCUGGCAUUCCUCCAUCAGGUUGCCACCAUUCACCUCGACAUUUGUUCAGGGAACGUCUUCCUUGACUCGCAUUACAAUGCGCUUCUCGGUGAAGUUGAGAUCUCCAAGCUGCUGGACCCUUCAAAGGGCACGGCCAGCAUCAGCACGGUUGCGGGCUCAUUUGGUUACAUUCCUCCAGAGUAUGCCUACACGAUGCAGGUGACGGUGCCCGGCAAUGUGUACAGCUACGGGGUGGUCCUGCUGGAGAUCCUGACAUCCAAGCUACCCGUGGAUGAGGUGUUCGACGAGGGCGUGGACCUCGUCAAGUGGGUGCACGCCGCACCGGCGAGGGGUGAGACGCCGGAGCAGAUCAUGGACCCCCGGCUGAGCACCGUGUCGUUCGCGUGGCGCAGGCAGAUGCUCGCUGUGCUCAAGGUCGCAAUGCUGUGCACGGAGCGCGCCCCGGCGAAGCGGCCCAGGAUGAAGAAGGUGGUGGAGAUGCUGCAAGAGGCCAAGAACAGCUGA